CACUUAAUUGGCGGUCGUUGGCGGUAAAAUUCACGUGAAAUCACAUUUUUUACUCGAAUUUAGUGGAAGAAAACAAUUUCCUAUUAGCCUAUUUUUCAUUAAAUAAUGUACAGGCGUCAAAUCUAAACAGUCCCUUCGAAAAUUACGUUAUUUAAUCGUAUAAAUGGAAACUUAAAGUAGUGUCGUCGCUACGUAUAAUGCAAUAAAUAUUUUGUUCUUAAACUGUAGUACCAUGAAAACUGUGGCUAACGCGACUCGCAUGGCUACCAAAAGGCCUUUCAGAGUAUCUAUUGAAGGCAAUAUAGGUUCUGGUAAAUCUACGUGCAUUAAUUUUUUUGACAAGUUCAACAAUGUGGAGAAACAUGCAGAGCCUCUCAAUGAAUGGCGCAACGUGAAUGGUCACAACCUACUUGGGUUGAUGUACAGUGAUCUAAAUAAGUGGAUGUUUACGUUCCAGCACUACGUAUUGCUCAGUCGGCUAAAGAUCCAAACAAGUCAACCAUCUCGCCCUGGUGUUACGGUUAAAAUGUUUGAAAGAUCAGUCCAAAACAGCAGGUUCUGUUUUGUGGAGAAUGCCCUGAAGCACGGCAACAUUCAAGAGGCAGAGUACCAUGUGCUGAGCGAAUGGUUCGACUACACCAACAGGCAUCUUGACAUCAGCUUGGAUCUCAUAGUUUACCUCAAAACAUCUCCUCAAAUAGUAUGGGAACGCAUGAUGAAACGUGGCCGUGCUGAAGAAUCCGAAAUACCUUUGGAGUACCUUCAACAGGUGCACGAAGCAUACGAAUCAUGGCUGAACUCCCCGAAUGUAGGCUGUGAGGUACUCACGAUUGACGCCAACCGAGGACUAGACGGCGUGAAGGAAGACUUGGAAAGAUACACUUACAAAAUACUCGGAGGAAACCAUACUAACUAACGGGUAUUGUAUAAUCUAGGACUUCCAAAGUUUUUAAAUUACUUGAUUAUUUUUCUAUA